UUUCAGUCUACCACCAACUUACACUUCGCUACUUCAGCUCGCAACAAAACCACCGAAACUGAAACAACAAAAACCCUAAUUCGAUUCAGGAAGAAGAAGUAGCAGGAGAGAGAAAAAUGGAGCUCUGUAUUGCGCGCGGCGCUCUUUCAAUCCCUCCUCUUCCACUUUCAUCUUCUCGUCCCGUCUUCACUAACACUCCUCAUUUCUCCUAUCCUCUUCAGAAGCUUUCUAACAUCUCAGGAGUGGUGUGUGAUAAAAGUAGAAGUAGAUUGUUGAGAGCAAGCUUGGAUGAAACUUCAAGUAAGUUUACAGAAGAGAAAAGUGGUGUUGCGACUUUUGUAGGCAAUGAUGUCACAAUUGAUAAAGCUGCGCAUGUGAAUGAAGAAGAUUCUUCUUCAGAUGAUGAAACUUUGCAGCCGAUUCAGGAGCUCUUCAAUAAGCUUGACAUUCAAUUGGAUUUUGAAGAUUCAUCAACAAUUUUCCUAUAUGGCGGUGUUGCAGUUGUUGCUGCGUGGUUGGUUUCAGCUGUUGUUGGUGCAAUUGAUUCUAUUCCAGUGUUCCCUAAAUUGAUGGAAGUUGUGGGUCUAGGCUACUCAGUAUGGUUCACCACACGAUAUCUCCUUUAUAAGAAAAAUAGAGAAGAACUUGGGUCUAAGAUUGAAGAGGUGAAACAAGAAAUUUUUGGGUCAAGCAAUAAAUAAAUUAUAUCUAGACUUUGGUAUGUAGAGUGAGAGCUGAGUAGAGAAGUUUUUGCGUAGACAGUAUAGUGUGAAUAAGUAGUGGAAUAUAGAGUUACCCUUGUAUCGUUUGGUCCAUACUCCGUACAUGAAAUGAAAGUUUGUUAAGUUA